CGCCAGCGCCAUCAACUCCUUUCAAGUCAUCCAACAAUCCCCAUAAAUCGACAACAUGGGUAAGGUCCACGGAUCCCUCGCACGUGCCGGUAAGGUCAAGUCGCAGACUCCCAAGGUUGAGCCUCAGGAGAAGAAGAAGACCCCCAAGGGCCGCGCAAAGAAGAGAAUCACGUACACCCGCCGCUUCGUGAACGUCACCAUGACCGGUGGCAAGAGAAAGAUGAACCCCAACCCCACCUCGUAAACGAAUUCCGGAUCUGGAGUUUGAGAGAUGGGACAAAGACGGGCACAUGGAUAGCAUACAGUCUGGCGACACCCUCGAUUCAUUACUGGGCGGUCAGACCGUUUCCUAGCCCUGGCAGCCAUGAUGAUGAUUCAAAAUUCUGGCGGACAGUCAUGGCUACUCAGCUGCUGUUCGUAAGCUGGAACAAAUGUCGCCGCAGAGACUGGUGUACAUCUGGCGUCUUUGAUAGCUUUUUUGCAACAACGGUUACUCUUCUGAACAAUCAUUCCAAGUCACCAUGUGAUCCAUUCCAUCAUCAUGAUAAUACUAUGCUUUGACAUCUCGAGAAGUACGACACGGUAGCGCGCAUGGUCGGCUUGAACAUCCUAGGAAAAAAUCAUACCGCGUUCAUCAAUCUCACCGUGAGGAUCAGAUACGAGGCAGCGAUCAGACAUCGCAUUGGUGGUCCAUGAUAAGAGAGUGAAAUGUCCCGUAGCUAUCGAUGGAUCACCAG